CGGAGCGCGGCGGCGAUGAGCGGGUCCCUGAGCCGGGCGGCGGCGGCGCUGCUCCGCUGGGGGCGCGGCGCGGGCGGCGGCCUGCGGGCCCCGGGCGUGCGGGCGGCGGGCUCGGGCGGCGACGGCGGGGGCCGCUCGGCGGCGCAGCUGGACGCGCUGGUGAAGAAGGACAAGGUGGUGGUCUUCCUCAAGGGGACCCCGGAGCAGCCCCAGUGCGGCUUCAGCAACGCCGUGGUGCAGAUCCUGCGGCUGCACGGCGUCCGCGACUACGCGGCCUACAACGUGCUGGACGACCCCCAGCUCCGGCAAGGCAUUAAGGACUAUUCCAACUGGCCCACCAUCCCGCAGGUGUACCUCAACGGCGAGUUCGUGGGGGGCUGUGACAUCCUGCUACAGAUGCAUCAGAAUGGGGACCUGGUCGAAGAACUGAAAAAGCUGGGGAUCCGCUCUGCCCUUUUGGAUGAAAAGAAAGACCAAGAUUCAAAGUGAGGGUGGCCCAGGGCCUCCCCAAGCAGCAGGGGGCUGUUGGUGCCAAGACUCACUUCCAGCAAAGCCUUACCGAUUCUGGUUUUCGCUCUUCAGACAGCAGCUGCUUGCCUGGAUUCCCCCCGUUUGUAAGCAGCUGGGUGGUUUUAGUGUGUCUAGGGUUGGGGCUGCGAAUAUUCUAUUGUGAACUUAAUUACAACCACUGCACUGGAAUAAUUCAAUGUUGUAUUAUGAUAUUGUCAUGAACAAAAUAUGUUCUUACGUUGUCAUUUGCCCUUUGCCUGAUUCAGGAGUAAAACGAGGAGCUCUGGAAUCAUUAUUCAUAAAUCCUCUGCAAAUGUGUCCGUCUGCAAAGAUAAUAUGUCCCCCCGAAUUUUUCAUAGCUACUUCUGUUAAGAAAAAUGAUGGACAGGGAAGAAGAUUUGGUAACUGGGGCGUUGUUUUUUAAAAUAAACUGGCAACCCAGGGA